AGCGUGCGGCAGGUGUGGUGGAGGUCUCCCAAGCUGUUUGCGACGGCCCUGGUUUUGGCGCUCGUCCUGGGCCUCGGGUCGUGGCGCUUCUCCGACGACGAGCGGGCAAGGCAGGACCAGUUCCGCGCGGCGGUCCAGGCCCUUGCCGUGACCUACGCCGAGGAGCUCGCCCGCCAGGUGCGGACGUCGAUCAGCUCGACGCACGCCAUCGCGGCCAUGCUGCAGGUGGACGACGCCAACUUCACGCGGAGCGGCUUCGAGACGAUCGCGGCGAUGCUGAUCGAGACGUACGGGGGCAUCUCCAAUUUGCAGCUCGCGCCCUUUGGCAAGGUCACCGCCGUCGUGCCCCUCGCCGACGCCACGCAGGACAACCGCGGAGUGCUGGGACACAACCUCCUCUCGGGCGGGCACCCCGUUUUCACGCGCUUCGCGCCCGAGUUCGUCCCCAGCGAGCCGUUCCUGGCGGGCGGCGAGGUGCACACCGUGGACUGCUCCACCCCGGCGCUCCAGCUCGAGAACUGCCACUUCCCCGGCCCCGAUGUGGAGGUCGCGGGCGUGCCGGAGCCGACCCACUUCUUCGCCUUUGCCACGAUGGUCUCCCUCGUCCCGACACUGCUCGGCCCCGUGCAGCUCGGGCGCCUCGCCGGCGGCGGGCACAGCGUGGGGGGCACGACCCGCUUCGUUCGUUGCGGCCGAAGCUUCGCCUACCAGCUCCGGACGCGGGUGCCGCACCCGUCGCUGGAGGCGGCCGUGUCGUUGCCCGAGGUGGGGCUCGAGUGGUCUCUGCGCGUGGCGCCGGCGGAGGGCUGCGCUGAGUUCUGGACGCAGCUGGCGCUGCUCGUGCUGGUGACCUGCAUCACCGGGGUGGUGCUCGGCGGCCUCAUCGUCGGGAACGUGCGGGAGACGUUGAAGCGCGCAUGGGAGCUCGAGGUCUACCGCGAUCACAGGCUCCGCUCCCAGGUCGCGGCAGCGACGAGCGACAUCAUGCGGAGCCGUUUCCCCAUGUGCGUCAUGCAGGUGGGCGAGUUCAGGCGGGGCGGCCGGCUCCUGUCUCACGAGGAGGCCCGAGACGGGGGCUCCCUGCUCUUUCUCGACACCACUGCCGAGAUGCAGCGCCUCAAGCGGGACGGCGGCAUCGCCUUCUUCAGCCACCAGUGGACGAGCUUCGUCGCGCCGGACCCGGGCGGGGAGCACUACGCGGCCAUGGUCUCCGCGCUCGACGCGUUGGCCGCCGCGGGGUGGCCCUGCACCCACGUGUGGGUGGACUACCACUCCAUCCCGCAGGCCAACCGCGACCAGCAGCAGAGCGCCAUCAACUCGCUCUCGCUCUACGUCGCCUGCAGCCGCAUCUUCGUCGCCGUGACGCCGACGUGCACGCACCAGGAGCUGGGGGAGACGUUGGACACGGCGAGCUACCGCCGCCGCGGCUGGUGUCGCGUCGAGCAGCUCAGCUUCUUGGCGACCAAUGCCCAGUCGGCGAACGCCUUCGUCUACGACGCGUGCGGGCUACGGCCGCUCUGGGCCUCGACGGAGGACCACGCCGAGGCUCUCGGCAUCUUCGAGGGCAGCUUCACCUGCUGCUCCCGCAAGCACUGCAACGGCCUGCGGUGCGACAAGCAGCGGCUGGUAAACGUGAUGCUGGCCUUGUACUGGAAGCUGCUCCACGCUCAGGCGACCUCACCCGACGCAUCGGCCCUGGUGGCGCUGCUCGCCGACGAGCCGCGCUUCUUCCCAGCCAGCAUGCAGCAGGUCCGGCUGGCGGCGGACGAGUCGCUCUGGGAGGCCGAGGUCGAGCUCUUUGGGGACUUGCUGCCGGUGUUGCACGAGCUCUUCGAGCACCCCGAGCUCCUUUCUGACCGAGACCCGGCGGCGGCGGCGGGCGUCGAGGCGGUGCCCGUGAGGCCCAAGUUGUGGGGCGACGUAGAGGCGGUGUGAGUGAGCCUUCUCCUCCUCCGGCGAGCGCCACACUGUGUGUAUAGCUGCAUGGGACCCCCCACGGGCGCGCGCCUGCCGUCCUCGGCGGGCGCCUCGCGGGCCGACAGGUUCCCGGCCGCGUGCCUGGGGCUGCUCUGCCGGUCGGCCGGGACCUCUGGAGGUGCUCCCCCUCUCGUGCACGCACCCUCUCCUCCGCGCACCCUCAGGCCCAAGCCCGACAGGGGCGACGGCGGCUCCAACUCGACCCCAGAACCCAGACCCCCUCGGGCACGGA